UAGCGUGUGCGGGUCGCUCUCGCCGUUCGUUGUGUUGCGUGCUUCGCUUCUACUGCGGGUUCACGGAGCGAACAAGCCGUCUGUCUGAGGAAGUGAGAUGACAACAUCAUAUGACCACGUCUCCGAAAGCGUUCGAGUCUUCCUGGUGAGUGAGGAGCGAUCAGUCAGCCAGCAGCGAUGCCGCCGCAGCGAGUCUCCGCUUUGCCGAGGCAGCAAUCCCUGCUCCAGCCUGCAGUCAUCAACCCGUUUGUCCAAGACACCAGACUGUCCAGAGCUGCUGUCCUAAAAUGUGUCUUUUUAGGAACCUUCCUGGUCCCUCUUCGAGCCAUCCUCAUCUCCCUUGUCCUGAUGGUGACCUGGCCAAUUUCCUUUAUGAUAACCUUCAGGCAUCCUCUGAAAGGAGCUGUGGAGCCAAUGACAGGCUGGAGACGACUAAUGUGUCGAAGGGUCAUGCCUGCUUUGGGGAGGGCCUAUUACUUCUGCAUGGGCUUCAGAGUGAUAAUCAAGGGCAAACAGGUCAGCAGCAGUGAGGCCCCUAUCCUGGCCGUGGCCCCCCACUCAACCUUUUUUGAUGGGAUUGUGUGCGUAGUCGCCGGCCUGCCCUCCACCGUCUCGCGUGUCGAGAACCUUGCUACACCCAUCUUUGGCAGGUUUCUGCGUUGUAUGCAGCCAGUGUUAGUGUCCAGGAAGGAUCCAAACUCCAGAAAGAACACAAUUCACGAGAUUGAAACCAGAGCCAAGUCAGAAGGCCGCUGGCCACAGGUUUUGAUAUUUCCAGAGGGAACUUGCACAAACCGGGCAUGUCUCAUCACUUUUAAGCAAGGGGCUUUUAUCCCAGGCGUCCCUGUGCAGCCUGUGCUCAUUCGCUACCCCAAUAAAAUGGACACUGUGACAUGGACUUGGCAAGGUUACAGCUCGAUGACUUUGCUGCUUCUUACUCUGUGCCAACUCUACACAACUGUAGAGAUAGAGUUCCUGCCGCCGCACGUCCCCACAGAAGAGGAGAAGAAAAGCCCGGCUCUGUAUGCCAACAGAGUGAGGGAAACCAUGGCUCAGGCUUUGAGAGUUCCAGUGACCGACCACACGUAUGAAGACUGUCGCCUGAUGAUCUCGGCUGGUGAACUCACACUCCCAAUGGAGGCCGGCCUAGUGGAGUUCACCAAAAUCAGUCGCAAACUCAAUCUAAAGUGGGACAAUGUGAAGAAGGAGCUGGAGAACUUUGCAUCUAUGGCCAGGUCUUGUAAGGGAGGACGUAUAACUCUUGAUGAGUUUGCCAGAUUCCUAAAGCUUCCUGUUACCCAAGCCUUGGAGGAGCUGUUUGCACUAUUUGACAGGGAUGGAGAUGGAACCAUUGAUUUCAGGGAAUACGUCAUCGGUGUGACCAUUUUGUGUCGACCAGCUAACACUGAAGAUCUUCUAAGAAUGGCUUUUAAGCUGUUUGACACCGACGAGGAUGAGAAAAUCACGCUUGUUGAGUUCACUUCUCUGCUGCGCUCGGCUCUGGGUGUGUCAGAUCUCAACGUGAACAUGCUCUUUGAGGAAAUUGAUGCAGAUGGCUCUGGUUUCAUCACCUUCAAUGAGUUUCAAGCCUUUGCCAGGACUCAUCCAGAGUAUGCCAAGCUUUUCACCACCUACCUUGAGAUUCAGAGGUACCAAGCGAUCCAGGAGGCAGGUCCAGGGGAUUUUGAGUGGACUGGUGAGACAACUUCAGAAGAAACAAGUGAAGAGAGCAGCACCUCAGACAAGAAGGAGGACUGAAACUGAAGACAAUCAUGGCAUUUUCUUAGGAAAACAUGGAAAAAAAACAUUUUUUUUAACUUCUGAUUUAUGUUUAAGUGCCUUAGAAAGUAUGAUAAAUAAGAGCUUACCCCUUGCAUAGUUUUUUUCCCCAACCCAAGUCCUCAGGACACACUGUCCUGCAUGUUUUCUAUCCUAUCCCGCUUAAAGACCCACUCCAGUCACAUUUUUAGUGAUUUUUAAAGCGUUCCUAGUGGUCUUUUAAGUAUGAUUAUGCAGUUUUUUAGGACAGUUUCUGUAGAGCAGGAGUAGGUCAUUAGAAAUUCACCUCUGGGGUGUGAGCAGUACCAUUGGCGCAGACUUAUUUUCUUUAAACAUGUCCUCCAUCAUCAGAAAAAUGCCACAAGAACACAUUAAACACACACUUUUCAAAGGAGUGGGUCUUUCCCUCUGCAAAGGUUGAUGAUGAGCAGAGUCAAGGGAAACGCUGAACUUAAAUAAUUUUAGAAUGUAAUCUUCAUAGAAAAAAGUAAUCAUUUUUAAUGAGAGUUUAAAUAGUACAAAUAUUAGCUUCAGACUCUUGACUUGAGUUUAACAAUGCUGUUUUUGUGACUUUGUGGACUCAUCUACUUGACUGAAAUGACCACAUCCUUGUUUACUUUUAUAUAUCCAUUUUUUUUAAGAAAUUGCCAAACCAACACAUUUUUACAUAAAAACAAUCUCUGUGCUUCUGUUUUGCAAUUAGUGUUCAGCAAGAUGUCUCCAGAGCAGCGACCCACAGACACACUGUGUUGGAGAAAUGUUUAAAACAAGCAUAGAUGCUGCGCAUUACACUUUUUUUUUGCGCUUAGGGACACAGGCCUUGUAAAAACGGCUGUAUAAUUAGCCACAAGUUUGCUUUGCAUGUGUAUCCAUUUGCAUUUCUACAAAAGGUUGUUGUUGCUGAGACAGCAUCGCUGCUUCUUUGCAGCUUUAGGUUUACUAAAGCAAAUCAACCAUUGAAAAUAGGGCAAUUUGUGAGCAAAAAGGCAACAGUGCUUCUCUACAGGAGCAUGUCCCGGUGAGAUAUACUUUGAGAUUAACAAGCGGCAUUGUUAUUUAUUUAGCAGGGUGUAUGGCAAUUAGCUGGCCUUUUUUUCUUUUCUUGUUAAUACUGCAAUGUCUGCUUUUUAAAAUAAAUCAAGAAUGCAACACUCUGUA